CACCAGGCCAGAGUAGAAAAGGGCACAGCGGGAACAAGCUCUUGCAUUGCUCUAGUGUACUACUCUAGAAAGUACGUGAGCUCUCUGCAUCAUCCAUUUUUCACUCGAGCCCAGUAUCUCAGUCUCUGCUUCAAGUUCCAAGUGAGGUGGCUACGUCUUCUUGUUCAUCUCACCUCUUUGUACUACAAGGGAUCAAAUUUGAUAUCUCAAGAUGACCGCUGAUGAUGAGAUGGAGAAGAAGAAGGCAGAGGUGCGGGCCCGCUUGGAGGCCCAAUCUGCCAGCCGCAAAAAGAAGGGCUUUAUGACCCCCGAGCGUAAGAAGAAGCUCCGGAUCUUAUUGCGGAAAAAGGCCGCCGAGGAGCUGAAGAAAGAGCAAGAGAGGAAAUCCGAGGAACGAAGAAGAGUCAUUGAUCAGCGAUGUGGUCAGCCCAAAAAUGUGGAUACUGCCGCUCAAGGUGAUCUCUUGGCUAUGUGCAAAGAGUAUUACAGUCGAAUCGUGAGCAUCGAAUCCACCAAAUACGACCUCGAGAAGGAGGUGGAGUUCAAAGACUAUCAGAUCAACGAACUCAACAUUGCCGUGAAUGACCUCCGAGGAAAGUUCAUCAAACCCACCUUGAAAAAGGUCUCCAAGUACGAGAACAAGUUUGCUAAACUCCAGAAGAAGGCUGCUGAGUUCAACUUCAGGAACCAGUUGAAAACCGUCAAAAAGAAGGAGUUCACCAUGGAUGAAGAAGACCCUGGGAAGAGGCCUGACUGGGCGUUGGGAGAGAAGGAUGGCAAAGCCAAGGCAGGUGGAACAGAGCAUUCCCAAUCGGAGGCACACUCAGCUACUCCUUCUAAUGAGCCUGAGGCCUCCGAGGCUAAUGUUCCUGACGAAGUGCAUGAUGAUGAGAUUGAAUGUGCUGAUAACCAGGAUGAUUCUGCUUUGGCUGCUGACCUUGUACAUGAGACCCCGGUGGCAGAGGAGAUCCCAGCUUAAUCUGAUGUCGUGGUGUUUGUAUCUGAAUAUUGAUGUUCUCGGUCAAUUAUAUGGCAAGGUGCAUGGACCAGCAGAGCCAAGAAGUUACUCACCCAACCGCCCAACAACUAUUGUGGUCAUCUUUAUCUAAAUUUUGCUUGAUGUUGAACUGAAAUAAUGAUUCGAAUGUGCAAACCA